AUGGAUUCAAAAGAAACAUUCUCAGAGAAUGAAGAGGCACCGACUUAUGCGCCAUCCAUUCCAGUGCCUAAUGUUCAAGAGUUGGUGAGAAAGGAUCCUUUGCAAGCUUCACAAAGAUAUGUUAGGGACCUAGAAGACAGACCAAAAGAUACUGAUAUGUCCCUUUCUUCCCUUAUUCCUGUCAUUGAUUUGUCAUUACUAUUGAUGGGGAAUGAGGAGGAACUAGACAAAAUUGAUCUGGCUUGCCAAGAGUGGGGUUUCUUUCAGGUACUGUACCAUAAGAAAGAAUUGCAGAAAAUGAAGGAUGCUGCAGCUGAGUUUUUUGAGCUUCCACUAGAAGAGAAGAACAAGUAUGCAAUGCUUUCAAAUGACAUACAAGGUUACGGCCAAGCAUAUGUCAUUUCUGAGGAGCAGAAACUGGACUGGUCAGAAGCACUAAUUCUUGUGAUUCACCCUUCACGUUAUAGGAAGCUCAAGUUUUGGCCAAAAUUGCCAAAAGGGUUCGAGGAAAUCAUGGUAAUGGACAAGGAAGCUCUGCUUGGACUGCACAAACAAUUGGUGCAAGCUUGCCGUGUGAACUACUACCCUGCUUGCUCCAAACCAGACCUAGUACUAGGUGUUAGUCCACAUUCGGACACCAGCACUAGAACCAUACUUGUGCAGGAAGACUCUAUGUGGAGUAAUGGCAAGUACAAAAGCAUUGAACACCGAGCUCUUGCAAAUCACACGAAGGCAAGGAUCUCCUAUGCAUCAUUCCUGGUCCCACACGAUCAGAUAGAGAUUGAACCACUAGAUCACAUGCUCAACCCCCAAAGUCCACAAAUGUAUAAGAGAGUGAAGUUUGGGGAAUACUUGAGGAGCUCCAUGACAGUAAAAAUAGAGGCCAAAGCACAUACGAAGUUGGCAAGGAUUGAGGCUCUCGCUUAA